GUGGUUAUGGCGGUGCGCGCACAACAAGCCCAGAUGGCGAGGCAGACACGGACAGAAUGCAGUCGUCUGAGCCAGAAGACACCGCGUCAGAUCCGUCGGACCAGUCCGAAGACGAGUCCGAAGACGAGGAGGAGGCAGAGCCCACCUCGAACGCCUACUCCGCCCUGCUGCAGUCCCUCGCCUCCACCCAGCCCCAAGACCGGUCGAGCAGAAAGCGAAAGGUGCAGGACGACGACCAGUCUGCCGGACAACAAGGACUCAAGCGCCGCACAAAGCAGUCUGACUUGAGGUCGGCUGCCGUGGACGUCCUGGAUGCGUCCGUCGAGCAAGACCGAGAGCCAGUAGACGGCGAUGAGGUCGAGGACCAGGACGAGGCAGACCAAGUCGAAGAAGUCGAAGAGGACGAAGAAGACACAUCGCUCGACAACGAGGCGAACUACCCCUUCUUCGACAGCCACUUCGCCAACCCGGACGCGGACGAGCUCACAAGACGGCUGAAGAGGAUAGCAGAGAACGAGUGGGCGACAAGGAAGCUCGAGGCUGCCCCCGCGAAGGCUGCCAAUCCGUGGAGAGCGCACAAGUCGAGCCAUACUGACACCGGGAGAGGUGUCCUGCAGGUCCCGAGCACCGAUGACAGGGCGCUGGAAAGGCCGAGGUUCAGGAGCACGCGCAAUAUCGGACUCAAGUCGAAACUGGUCGAGAACGCACAGCAGGAAAUUGGCGACUUCAACAAUCUCGAGCAGACAAUCGCGCCUUCUCUGUUCAGCUACCAGGACUUGCUGUUUGGCGCACGAACGGUGCAGAACGCAGGUCGUCUCCGGGAUCUUGCUUGCCUGCACGCUCUCAACCACAUCUUGAUGACUCGAGACCGUGUGCUGAAGAACAAUGCAAAGCUAGCAGCGGCGAAAGAGGACCAGGACGUGGAGUAUCGUGACCAGGGUUUCACCCGGCCGAAGAUCUUGUUCCUUCUCGAGACAAAGCAAGCUUGCGUGCGCGUGCUGGACUCAAUCACCAAGCUGCACACUUUCGAGCAGCAGGAGAACAAGAAGCGCUUCCUGGACGGCUUCUCACAGCCAGAAGACAAAUUCUCAGAUGACAAGCCAGAUGACUUCAGGGAGCUCUUCGAAGGCAACGACGAGAACGAGUUCCGUGUGGGUGUCAAGCUGACACGCAAGACGCUCAAGCUGUAUUCGACCUUCUACAACUCAGACAUCAUCUUCGCUUCUGCAUUGGGUCUGCGCCGAGCCAUCGAGACUGGCGACAAGAAGAAGCGAGGAGACUACGACUUUCUUUCCUCCAUUGAGAUGGUGAUCAUGGACCAAGCAGACGCAACCCUGAUGCAGAACUUCGAGCACGCCGAGUUCGUAUUCGACCACCUGAACCUCCAACCCAAGGAUCCCCACGGCUGCGACUUUUCGCGCGUCCGCUCGUGGUACCUCGAUGGCCACGCUCCCCACCUCCGCCAGACCAUCAUCCUCUCCGCCUUCCUUACACCCAAGAUCAACUCUCUCUACUACAAGCACAUGCGCAACGUCGCCGGCCGCCUGCGCUACACACCAGACUAUACAUCCGGACUCAUCGAGUCCCUCUCCUACGGCAUCAAGCAGACCUUCUUGCGCUUCGACUCGCCUUCUCACCUGACUGACCCCGAUGCCCGCUUCAAGUACUUCCACUCCUCGAUUCUGCCGUCCAUCACCCGCCUCCCCAAACCUGCAACAGGCGGCGUAGGCGUUCUCGUCUUCAUACCUUCCUACCUGGACUUCGUGCGCGUGCGUAACUCCCUCGUCGACUCUGACUUCAGCUACGGCCUGAUCCAGGAAUACACUGAUGCGACCGAUGUGCGGAAAGCACGUUCUCACUUCAUGUCUGGCAAGCACAGCCUCCUUCUCUACACCGGCCGUGCGCACCAUUUCCACCGCUACCAGAUUCGCGGCGUGAAGCGCGUUGUGUUCUACGGAGUCCCCGAAAACCCCAAGUUCUACGACGAGGUUGUGGGUUUCAUUGGCAAGAGUGUCGAGCGCGGUGAGAUCAGUAGGCAGGAGGCGAGUGUGAGAGUGGCGUUCAGUAAGUGGGAGAGGCUGGAGCUUGAGAGGGUGGUGGGCACGAAGAGGGUUGGGAAGAUGAUUGCGGAUCGGGGAGAUGUAUUCGACUUUGUGUAAGAGUAAAUACGUGUAGCACUUGGGUAUAUAUAGCUGGCAUUGUAUCGGCCGGUAUUGAGGUUUGACUGAAAGGAGGCAGUUGAUUCG